AUGUUAUUUUCUUUUUUUCUUUUUUUUUUUAAUCCUUUUCUUUCUUUGGAUUCUUUUCUUUUCUCUAUUUACUCUCAUCUCUUUACUAUUCUUGUUUCUGAAUUUCUUUCUCUUUUCUUUUUCCCCCUUUUUAUGGUUUUCUUUUUUCUUUCUUCAUCCCCACAGUAUAUUAUUCUUUUUCUAUUUUCUAUUUGCUUCAUUUUCACUUAUUUUUCGCUAUUUUCUGUUAAUAAAAGAAUGGAAGAAAGAAAGAAACUUUUUGUAUUUUUUACAGUUUUUAUUAUUUGCAUUCAGUUAUUUUUCUUUUUUUCGUGUUACAGCUUUCACUCCCAUUCUCUCUCUCGCACUUCAUUAGAAAACUGUUGUUUUUACUCUCCCUUCUUUGAAUCUGUCUUUCUUCCAUGUUUUUAUCUUCCUCCCUAUUCAAUACGUUUUCAGUCCCUCACCCUCUACCUCUUGUCAAAUUUCGUUAAUAGAAUACCCAUUCCCCUCCUUUGUUUUCAUAUCAUCAUUUUAUCUUUCUUUCACGUUCCAUUUCUAUCUUUUUUUCUGUUUACACAUUUUCUUAUUCCUAACUUAAUGUUUUCACCUUUCUUUAUCGAACGCUUUUAUUUCCCCACCUCUUUUUUUUCCUCCUCUUUCAAAUUUCUGUCUGUCAAUUCUUCCAUUCUCAUACUCCGUCAAUAUCGUACAAAAUUCUCUUUUUUUCUAUUUUUCUCCAUUCUCUUCCUCUUUCCCUACUUGUCCCCCAUCUCUCUCCGCAUCUUUCUGCUUCCCGCCACGACUGACGGACAAAUCGCCCCGUUGGGCCAGGCGCAAGAGAGCAGGCGGCCGCGGCGAGGAGUAACCAUUAAAUCACUCCGGCCAGACACGCGGCUACGCCAAGCUGUCAAAAACGUGAUGGGCCCCAAAGCUAGCAUUGGCACCGUGCGACCGGCACGCCAUCCUGCUCUGACAAGAUGA